UGGCGGUGCCGGGGGGGCCGCGCAAGCAGCCUGCGGGGCCGGCCCGGGGCGGAAAGAGGGCAGUUCCCAGGAAACCAGUUAAUGAAAGACCAAAAGCGCCAUUGGAUCGAUCGGAUCGAUCGGCGAGGCUCUGCGGGGUCAGGCAGCCCCGGCAGCCCCCCGCGGCAGGGAUGAGGUUCCCGCUAGCCCUCUGCCUGGGCUUGGUGGCCCUGGCCGCCGCCAGCCCGUCCCCGCUGCAGCGGCGGGUGGUGCGGGAGGUGCUGGACUACGUGAACGGCCGCAGCAGCACGCAGCUGCUGUUCAAGGAGCAGGCGGUGGAAGGGGCUGUGGAGCGGGAAGACCCGUCGGGGACGUUUGUCCAGCUGUGGGUCAGCCUGGUGCAGACGUCCUGCAGGAAGAGGACACAGCAGCGGCAGAACUGCCGGACCCUGGAGAACCGCAGGAAGCCGACCUGCUUGGCUUGCUACAAGUUUGACAACAGCAGCGUCCCCAAGGUGCUGGACAAGUACCAGAACUGUGGCCCCAGCCACCAGCUGGCGGUGAAGGAGUUCAAACACCGAGACGAGGCGGAGUGCCGGGCGGUGGAGGAGGCCGGCAAGUCGUCGGACGCGCUCUACCUGCCCGGCAUGUACGCCUUCUCCAAGGGGCUGCCAGCCUAGGGACGUCCCCACGUCCCCACACGGCCAGCACCUCCACCAGCGCGAGGAGAUGGACGCUGCCCUGGGGACCAGCCCCCCCAACUCUGCUUGCCGCCCCCCAGCACCGUGUCACCACGGGACGGUCCUGGACGCGCUCCCUCCCCACCUGCCCCCCGCUCUCCAGUAAACAUGGCACAUGGCUCUGGC